AAGCUUAAAAUAUUUAGGAAUAAAAUCUUGUUCUUUUGAUGAACACUUAGGCCUACUAAGCUACUGUAUUUUGGUCACGGUAAUGUUACUUGGGGAGUUUAAAGUAUUUUUGUAGGUGGUACUUGGUGUAAAAAAGUUCGAGAAACAUUGGUUUAGAUAAUCUAUUGCAGACAAGUAGACUGUGAGUCGUCCCUCGAGGGAAAUUAAGGCAAUCAAAAGACAAUGUGUAGUUAUGAUCUAAUCCUACAAGACAUCAACCAGGUAAAAGCGUCAAACAAGUGCUUUUUAAAACCUGUGAAAAAGUUACAUCCACCAUAAGCCUGUGACAUCCCAGCCAGAUGACCCUCGUGAGGGCAAGCCACCAUCCAGAGGAGCUAACUCGGGGUCCAAUCAGAACGCCCCGCAACCUCUGGACGUCCGGAGACAGAACCAAUCACCAGGCUCGCCUGCGAAUUACAGGGGACAGCCACCACGGAUAAAAUUGUUUGACUACCCCUCCAUCCUCCCAAAACAUCCUCACAAUCCUCACAGGACGGCUUUGCGAAACUCCAUUAAGUUUGACGCAAAACCCCCAGAAGAACUUUGCCCAAUUCGGUUCUUAUUGACAGUUUUUUUAUUGGUGCGAACAACCUGUUGAGCGAGGAAAGCAGGCAGGCUUCACCCUGCAAAUAAGUGGUGCUGCUGCACUUAUUUUCUUUUUUGGGAGGGCUGGGGAUUCAAAACAAGAGAACAAGCAUUUUGGAACGCACUUUUUUGGGGGUGGGGGGCUGACAGACGAUAAAGAGGCAUGACAGCACUGGCAGGAGGUUUAACGAGAAUGAUGAGACCCGGUCCACACCAGAAUUACGCGCGGGGAGGCUAUUCUCUGGAAGUGUCCACCCCACUGGGCCAGGGUCGCGUCAACCAGCUCGGCGGCGUGUUCAUCAACGGCCGGCCUCUGCCCAACCACAUCCGCCACAAGAUCGUGGAGAUGGCCCAUCACGGGGUCCGGCCCUGCGUCAUCUCCCGCCAGCUGAGGGUCUCUCACGGCUGCGUGUCCAAGAUCUUGUGCCGCUACCAGGAGACUGGAUCCAUUCGGCCCGGAGCCAUCGGAGGGAGCAAGCCAAAGCAAAGUGCUUCUCCAGAAUUGGACAAGAAGAUUGAAGAGUACAAGAGGGAAAACCCGGGAAUGUUCAGCUGGGAAAUUAGGGACAAGUUAUUAAAAGAUGGCAUCUGUGAUAGAAACAGCGUUCCUUCAGUGAGUGCCAUCAGUCGCGUUAUGAGGUCCAAAUUCGGCAGUUUGGGUGACGACGAUGAGGAUGGUGAUGAGGUGGUGAAGAGGGAGAUGGAGGAGAACGAACCGAGGACUAAACACAGCAUCGAUGGCAUCCUGGGGGACAGAUCCAGUCAUUCGGACGAGGGCUCCGACGUGGACUCCGAGCCGGGCCUGCCCCUCAAGAGGAAGCAGCGGCGCAGUCGGACCACCUUCACGGCGGAGCAGCUGGAGGAACUGGAGAGGGCCUUCGAGCGCACGCACUAUCCCGACAUCUACACGCGGGAGGAACUGGCACAGAGGGCUAAACUCACCGAGGCUCGUGUUCAGGUGUGGUUCAGCAACAGAAGAGCCCGGUGGAGGAAGCAAGCGGGAGCCAAUCAGCUGAUGGCGUUCAAUCACCUCAUCCCGGGCGGUUUCCCUCCAUCAGCUAUGUCGGGCCUGCAGCCCUAUCAGCUGCCUGAGAGUCCCUAUCCCGCAACUUCAAUAGCUCAAGCAACCGAACAGCCCAGCACGGUCCAUCGACCGCAGCCUCUGCCGCCGACAUCUGUGCACCAGAGCGGGCUGAGCUCGUCGUCCAGCGCUCAGGACGGAGGUUCGGCGUACUGCCUUUCCUCCGGACGUCACGGCUUCUCAGGAUACUCGGACAGCUUCGUGGCCCCGGCCGGACACGGCAACACCGUCAACCCCGCCGCCAUUGGCAACAGCCUCUCACCUCAGGUGAUGGGCCUUUUGAACCCGAGCGGAGUGCCUCAUCAGCCCCAGAGUGACUUUGCUAUUUCCCCUCUGACCGGAGGCUUGGAGCCUAACGCCGGCAUGGCUGCCAGCUGUCACGGCUCCCAACGGCUGGAGGCUUUACCGGGUCUGACCGGCAUGCCCACCCUGCCGAGCACUCAGUCUUACUGCCCGUCUUCCUACACCUCGCCAGCCUACGCCGUCGACCACCACCCAUCGUACCAGUAUGGACAAUACAGUCAGAGCAAGGUGCCUUUUAUUAUUUAAAGCGAGACGGAGGUCUCAUCGACAUUGAGGCUUUCCUGCACCGCCA